AUGUUCAACAUCAACAUCAACCUCAACCUCCUCGUCCUUGCGACACUAUCCGCCCCUGCAUUCGCGGAUUUGAUGUGGUCCUCCGACAAUGCAUGCUCUGAGAUUCGGGGUGGGGCGGGCUUCAAUUGCGGUCUUCCCUGCACCCCAUUCGGCCGCGACGAUGUCCACUCGGUGAUGGCCAUUGGCAUGGAGCCCAACAACCAAGUCGUACUGUACAAGAGUACGGAUUGCACUGGAGAUGCGUACGCUGCCAUCGGCCAGGCAUACGGGUCUUCAGUCGACAUCUUUUCGUGCRUUCCCAGCACUACCGAUAGUCUCGGCUCUUUUGAGGUUCUCGUCUACAACGCCACUGGUGGAGGCGAUGCUUGUCCGCCAGGCACUCUGACUGCCGCAAGCACAUCGUAUCCAGCGCCCACUGGUUGA